AAAAACAAAUUUUACGAGCUGAUUGUCACAGAUUUCUCAAUUUCAGUGAACGAGAAUAAACUGGACGGAAAAAGAAAACAAUGGAAAUUCGAAAGUAAAUCGCGUUAAAGGAAUUAAUUAGGACAGUGCUCAAGAUAGUAAAUAUUUAAGUGAUAAAUUUAUAAGUACUAAGUGCGGAAAACGAUUUGCAGUUGGAUAUUUUGAUACAACAGUGAAAGGUUUGAAGUUAUGAAUGAAUUUCAACCAGCUGCAGAGGGCACAAAUAAGCUGACCUCAAACAACGAACAAAUUUCUCUUAUUGAUGUGGGGACUAACAAUGCACAAACAAGUCCUGGAACUUCAGAAAUGCAUAGAACUAGGAAAAGCGAACAAAUUCGUCUGCCCAUUGUAGGCAUGACUUGCCAGAGUUGCGUAAGGAAUAUCGAAAGCACAAUAUCUGGAAAACUAGGAAUAUUAAAUGUACGGGUUGUCCUUGAGGAAAAUUCCGGCUAUUUUGACUAUAAUCCAGAACAAACAGAUCCUGAAAAAAUUGCAUUUGAAAUCGAUGAAAUGGGUUUCGAUUGCCCCUAUACACCCACAAAUGAUAAACUCAAUCCUUCAGAAAAGAAUGCUGAGGUUGGUGAAGGUGGCUUCGAUAAUAUUGGUAAAACGCAAAUACGCGUCAUUGGCAUGACUUGUAACUCCUGCGUGCACAACAUAGAAGGCAAUAUAGGCAUGAAGCCAGGCAUAUCAAAAAUUAGCGUCAGCUUGGACGAUAAGCUUGCCACAGUGGAAUACGACGUCAAACAAUUUACGCCCACACUUAUUGCUGAAAUGAUUGAUGACAUGGGCUUUGAAGCUAGUGUAUGGGAGAGUGAUAACGUUGGUGAUAGUGUUAGUACACCCAAGCGAACGCCACAACGUAAUUCAAUAUCACCACAAAAGCAACAGGUGUCAAGUAUGCAGCCUGCAAAUAAUACACCAAAAGCUCAUGCUGAAGUAGCUGUAGAUGAAGCGCUAUCAAAAUGUUUUCUACACAUACGAGGUAUGACAUGCGCCAGUUGUGUGGCCACCAUUGAGAAACAUUGCAAAAAGAUUUAUGGCUUGGAUAGCAUACUGGUGGCACUACUUGCUGCCAAGGCGGAGGUGAAGUACAAUGCAAAUGUAGUGACUGCAGAAAAUAUUGCCCAAUCAAUAACUGACUUGGGAUUUCCCACAGAAAUCAUCGACGAACCGAACAGUGGCGAGUCUGAGGUGGAGAUUGAAAUCACAGGGAUGACGUGUGCGUCCUGCGUUAACAAAAUCGAAACGCAUGUGCUGAAAGUGAAAGGCGUUACUGCCGCAGCUGUUACGCUACUGACUAAAAGAGGUAAAUUCCGUUAUAACACCGAAUUAACAGGGCCACGCACCAUAUGCGAGGCAAUCGAGCAGCUGGGCUUUCAGGCACGUCUACACAAUGGCCGAGACAAGAUGACGCACGACUAUUUGCAGCACAAAGAAGAGAUUGCCAAGUGGCGUAAUGCAUUCUUGGUCUCGCUAAUCUUUGGCGGUCCAUGUAUGGUUGCCAUGAUCUAUUUUAUGGUUGAAAUGAAUGACAAAGGUCACGCGUCUAUGUGCUGUCUGGUGCCUGGAUUGUCUAUGGAGAAUUUGGUUAUGUUUUUGCUUUCAACGCCGGUGCAAUUCUUCGGUGGUUGGCAUUUUUACGUGCAGUCUUAUCGGGCAAUACGACAUGGUGCCACCAAUAUGGAUGUUCUCAUCUCGAUGGUCACCACAAUAUCGUACAUCUACUCUGUAGCUGUUGUCAUAGCAGCGGUGCUGAUGGAGCAGAACUCUUCACCGCUCACCUUCUUUGAUACGCCACCGAUGUUGUUGAUUUUCAUAUCACUCGGUCGCUGGUUGGAGCACAUUGCCAAGGGUAAAACGUCAGAGGCGCUCUCGAAACUCUUGUCCCUGAAGGCAGCUGAGGCGUUAUUGGUGGAGGUGUCACCGGACUUUGAUAUAAAAUCAGAGAAAAUCAUAUCCGUUGAUUAUGUCCAACGUGGCGAUAUACUAAAGGUAAUACCAGGCGCCAAAGUGCCUGUGGACGGCAAAGUACUUUAUGGUCAUUCCACGUGCGAUGAGAGCCUCAUUACGGGCGAGUCAAUGCCGGUGGCCAAAAAGAAGGGCGCAGUUGUGAUUGGUGGCUCAAUCAAUCAAAAUGGUGUGCUGCUUAUAUCUGCGACACAUACGGGUGAGAACACCACACUGUCGCAGAUUGUGCGUUUGGUUGAAGAAGCGCAAACUUCCAAAGCGCCUAUACAGCAGUUGGCCGAUCGUAUCGCCGGCUAUUUCGUGCCCUUCGUUGUGCUGGUAUCGACUGCUACCUUGUUCGGUUGGCUUAUCGCGGGUUUCGUUGACCAAGACCUGGUGCCGGUCGCUAUGGAACACAAGAUGCAUAUGGACUCAAACGCCAUUGUCAUUAGUCACGCCUUUAAAUGUGCGCUGAGCGUUUUGGCCAUAGCGUGCCCCUGCGCUUUGGGUUUGGCCACGCCUACUGCUGUUAUGGUUGCCACAGGCACGGGCGCUAUAAACGGCGUGCUUGUUAAGGGUGCUACGGCGCUGGAAAAUGCCUACAAGGUAAAAACUGUUGUCUUCGAUAAGACCGGCACGAUAACACAUGGCAUGCCAAUGACCUCUAAACUGGUUAUGUUUGUCAAGCCGGCUGUGUGUAGCUUGGCACGCGCGCUUACCAUAAUCGGCGCGGCGGAGUCGAACAGCGAACAUCCCAUAGCCACUGCCGUAGUGCGAUUUUCCAAAGAUAUGUUGGGCUUGCAAACGUUCGGCAAAACAGAGAAUUUUCUCGCGGUGUCGGGUUGUGGCAUAAAAGUCACUGUGCUGCAAUAUGAACACGCUUUGCGUCAGGCACGUAAUGCAGAGAAAAUCAUCAAUUAUGAGAAUAACUACCGCUCCCAGCCCAAUGCAGUGCAUACUGAGAAUGGUGCAAGCAUCGAAGAACUCAUACCACAGUUGCUGACCAGAAAAUCUAUGGAACUUCAACAACAACAGCAGCUACUGCAAUUGGAUGAAACCCUUAACGACGGCACAGUAAACGCGGAGGCGAUUUCCAAUGUGCUCGGCAGCGAGAUAAACGUGCUGAUUGGCAACCGUGAAUGGAUGCAUCGCAACGCCAUAGCCGUACCGCAAGAAAUCGACAACUGCAUGAGCGAGGAGGAGUCUAAGGGUCAUACGGCGGUGUUGUGCGCCCUGAACGGCCAACUGGUCUGCAUGUACAGCGUCUCGGAUAUGGUCAAGCCGGAAGCACAUCUGGCCGUGUACACACUCAAGAAAAUGGGCAUCAACGUCAUACUGCUGACUGGCGACAAUGAGAACACGGCUGCAAGCAUAGCGCGACAGGUGGGCAUUAAACGCAUCUUUGCCGAGGUGUUACCCUCACACAAGGUCGCGAAAAUACAGCUCAUACAAGAGAGCGGCGCGCGUGUGGCCAUGGUCGGCGACGGCGUCAACGACAGUCCCGCGCUCGCACAAGCCGAUGUGGGUAUUGCCAUUGCGGCCGGCACUGACGUCGCAGCCGAAGCGGCUGAUGUGGUGCUAAUGCGUAACGACCUGUUGGACGUGGUGGCUUGCCUCGAUCUGUCGCGCCGCACCGUGCGCCGUAUACGGUACAACUUCCUGUUCGCCAGCAUGUACAAUCUACUCGGUAUACCGCUGGCGUCGGGCAUAUUUGCACCGUUCGGCUUCACGUUGCAGCCAUGGAUGGCGUCAGUGGCGAUGGCAGCCAGCUCCGUGUCCGUAGUGUGCUCUUCCUUAAUGCUAAAAUGUUAUCGCAAGCCAUCGGCCGCUUCGUUGCGCACGCCGGAAUAUAUGAAAUAUUUGGCACAGGAACGCGAUGGUGAACGCGAACCGGAUCAGUUGUCACUGCAUCGCGGCUUAGAAGACUUGCCACGCGCCAAGCUAAAUCGUUCGAGUAGCUCGCUGCUGUCGCGCAUAUUCCUACAAGGCGGUGUCAACAAUCGUUACGAUCACAAUGAGAGCAGUCUGCUCGGCACCGAUGGUGGUGACUACACGCCGAAAAUUGUCAAGACCAAGAGCAUUAAGAACGUGACGGAAAUGCAGAAAUUGUAGAGCGAUGAUCAAAAGGCAAUGCUUUGAGCAUUUGUGAAAAUGUAAAAUUUGUUUUUGUUAUUAUUUAAUCUAACUAUAUUUUUGUAUAUAUGAGACGUAUAUAGUACAUACAUAUAAUAUGUUAUUGAUGUAAGCUUAAGGAGCGUAGUGCGGCGCAGUCGUUUUUUUUUUUACUUUUUUCUACCAACAAAUAUUAUAUAUGUACAUACAUAUAUUGUAACUUGGCCAAUUUGGUGCAUAUACAUACCUUGUACACACAAACACACUUGUAUAUAUGAAAUAAGAAAUUAGCGCCGCUACUAUGCGACGAACAAAUAUUAAUUGUAGAAAAUUCUCAGAUUUUUUUCUAUUUUUGCCCUUCUACAAAUGUCCAGUUUGAACAAUAAAAUCCUUAAAAAGUAUGACAAAAUGCAGCUGUAUAUGUAUAUGUUAAUACGCAACUGUUAUUAAAUACUAUUAAAAUAUCUUUUUAUACAUACAUACAUACAUACAAUUUAGUCAUAUUUACAUAUGUAUAUACAUACAUACAUGCAUAAAUGCAUAUAAUUCGAAACGAUUAAGAAUAAAGACCCUGUAUCAGCGAAAAACUAAA